AUGAUCACACGGCAAGAAGCUAAUUGUGAAAGACGACAACGUGAAGAAGAGAGUAAAAUAAUUGACGAGCAAUCUUUAAAUAUUCCGUACAGAGAGGCAGUCGGUAGCCUUCUAUAUCUAGCCAGUGCUACUCGGCCAGACAUUGCCUUUACUGUGAACGUGCUAAGUAGGCAUCAAAUAAACCCAACCGAGAACGAGUGGGACAUGGUUAAAAGGGUUUUCAAAUACUUAAAAGGAACGAAGUCUUUGGGAUUAAAAUAUCUCGGAAGACAAAAUGGUUUGUUGGCCUACUCUGACGCAAGUUUUGCAGAUUGUAAAUCGUCAGUUUCUACUUGCGGUUUCAUAAUCAAACUUUUCGGGGACACAAUAGCUUGGCGUGUUACUAAACAGAGUUAUGUUGCUCUGUCUACUUGUGAAGCUGAGUAUGUGGCCAUGAGCCAGGCCUGUCAGGAGCUUAUUGCCAUUAAUAAGUCUCUAAUGCGGGUAUAUAACGACAGCUUACUUCCAGCUACCGUUUGA